AGCGAUGCGUGAAUGUGAGAAAUAGCUUCCUAUUGAUACAAACUGAAGUGAAGCAAUAGUGACUCGAGAUGCAGAUAGGAAUUGCUCUACUGAUAGUCGGGUUGGGGCUAGUGCGAGAGGGUCUUGGUCGCUACAAAGAGUGGAUGCCGGUGUCUGCAGACCCUGCUGUGUUGUCCACUUUUAAUGGGCAAAACAGCUCGCGUGUUCUUCGGUCUCGAUCGCUGUGCUGGAACUGGGCCUCUACAAAGGACUGGGCUUUUAUUGCCUGUUACAUCCCUCUCACCAACGCCUCGGGAAACUGCUCACUCUGGGAUGACAAACCCAUCAGGAAUGGGCUGGUCGACCUAACGAUCACCCCAGGAUCAAACUGCUUGGCAGUCUUCGGUACAGACGCUUGUGUCCUAGAAGGAAACUCUCACCUGAAAGUCGGAGAAACGCGAGCCAACCCGUUAUGCCCGAAACUGCAGGACACAUGUUUGCCCAGUGGGAUGAUGGACGUGGACAAAUCAACUGUGCCUCUUCGGAACUGCACUUCCCCUUUCACCGUCUCUGGUGGCAUGUGUCUCAUGGUCUACACGACGAAUAAGAAAACCUGGUGCGACGCGCGUGCAUACUGCCUGUCACUGGGAGCAGACCUCGCCACCGCGCGCUCCGACCAAGACUUCGCGCAAAUGCAAACGCUCUGGAAGUCAUACGGAAUGACAGGUGAGUACUUGUGGGUAGGCAGCUACAAGAUCAAUGGUCAGUGGGUGUGGCUCAACAGCUACAGGAACCCGUACACCAUGCCAGACUGGUAUCCUGGACAACCCGACGGCGGUGACUGCGGUCAUCUCUACACCGCUGACGCCAAGUUAUCGGAUGUGGACU